CGACAGAAUUUACAGCCUACUACAACCCAGAGCCUCUCCGCUCAAACUCCAGAUCAAGUAUAGGUCGUCGGCACCACGACCAAAACAGUAUCUCCACCAUUUUUGCCUUUUUCGUUCGUGAUACAAUCGUCGUACCUCGAAAAAAAUGGCCGACAUCACAGACCAACACGACCAAACCUCACCCACCGAGCUCGACGAUUCUCACGUCGGCAAUGGCAACGCCGGCGCUGCAGAGAAUCGAGGCAUCAAGCGCCAACGCGCUAGCAUCGCAGAUGACGACGACGAUGAUGACGAGAAGGGUGGUCGCGAGCGACGCAAGAUUGAGAUCAAAUUUAUUAGUGAUAAGUCGCGUCGCCAUAUCACCUUCUCCAAGCGCAAAGCUGGUAUAAUGAAGAAGGCUUACGAAUUAUCCGUUCUGACUGGCACGCAAGUACUGCUGUUGGUCGUGUCGGAAACUGGACUUGUGUAUACAUUUACCACUCCCAAGUUACAGCCUCUGGUUACCAAGGCCGAGGGCAAGAAUCUCAUUCAGGCUUGCCUAAACGCGCCCGAACCUACUCAAGGCAACGAGAAUGGUGUCGACGAUUCCAAUCAGGUCGAGUCACCCGAAGAGCCGACCAAUUCCCACCUCCCUCCUCAAACGAGCCGGCCGGGAAUGCCCUCUCACAUGCCUCCCAGUUACGUCCCUGCCGUAGGCGGCAUGGAUCCUCAAUCGGCCAUGGCCUACCAAAGCUAUAUGCAGCAUCAGCAACGCGGGCAAUUUGGACUACCUCCGCAGUCCGGCAUGCCCCAGCACACCUCUCACCAAUCAUGAAUGCCGCCAUGUCGGCGACGACAUUGCCUUGCGUCUGAUACCCCGAAUUUAAUGCAUUCAUGAGGUUCUCUUUUCAUUCGAGGCAUUCUGAACCAGCUAUAAUUGCAAGGCUUCGGUGGUCCGGCGUUGUUGGGUCAUCGUGACUUCUGUUCCUUUUUUUUCCUUUACUCCGUACAAUGCGACCAUAUUCCUUCCACUUUUUUUUCCGUCCGUCUUCCAUGUUAUAGCGCAUCGCUGGUCAAAUUGGUGACCCGGCGAUUUGGUGGCCGGACUCGACUUUCAGUACCCAUUAAUUGCCCCCGAUUCCCCCCGUCUCAUAUUCUCCAGAACGAAUCCGAGGCCUCGCUU